AUGAAUUUCCCAAUUCCAAAUGUCGAUGUUCCAAUCUCUCAAACACAAUUUCAAAGAAUUGACCUUGAUUCUUUGGAUUAUGAUCCCGGAACACGCAAACAAAUAUUGGAAUAUCAUGUUAAUCAAUGUGAUGAAAUUCGACAGGCUUACAUUAUAAAAGGUCCGCACCAACCUCCUCUAAAGACAUUCAAAAAAAGUGGGAAGCACAAUCGUAGCUUUCAAGCUUCUUGGUUUGAAAAUAAUUCAACAUGGCUUGAGUAUUCUCCUACGACAGAUGCAGCUUAUUGUCUACCCUGCUUUGUCUUUCAUAAUUCAAAUAGGGUUGUGAGACAAAAUAAAUUCAUUGUUGGUGGAUUUAGAAAUUGGAAAAAGGGUGGGGGCAGAGAUUGUUAUUUUCAAGGUCAUAUAGGAAAAUAUCCUAACUCAGCUCAUAGAGUUGCCGAGCAAAUGUGUAAGGAUUUAAUGAACCAAUGGCAGCAUUUACAAAGGGUAGUUGAUCAUUUCACUAUUGAACAAAUUGCAAAUAAUCGAUUGCAACUGAAGGCCACAAUUUUUAUUGUCCGGUAUCUUGCCUUUCAAGUUGCUGAAAUAAUAGAAAAAGCUCCCAAAAAUGCAACCUACACAUCACCUAGGAUUCAAAAGGAAAUUCUACAUGUUUUCUCAGCCAAAGUGAAGAAGGCCAUUCGGGAAGAAAUUGGUGAUGAAAAGUUUUGCAUAAUGGUUGAGGAAGCUCAUGAUGAGUCCAUGAAAGAGCAAAUGACUGUGGUUUUUAGAUAUGUUGAUGCAGAAGGCUUUGUGAAAGAACGUUUUUUUGGGCUUAGUCAUGUUGUUGACACUGCGGCUUUGACUCUAAAGAAUGGGAUAUAUUCUUUGUUAUCUCAACAUUGCUUAGAUAUACAAAAUAUUCGAGGGCAACGAUAUGAUGGAGCAAGCAACAUGUGA